UCUGUUGCGGUUGUUUUUAUCUUAAGCCGCUUUUCUGUUAGUCCACACCGCUAAUAUGCUAAGCUAACCAGUUAGGUGCUACUAGUGGGAGGCUGAGUCAGGGAAGCCUCAAAAGCGAAGCUAAGCUAAAAAGACAGGACGGGAAUAUCCUGAUUUUCUAUGAUUGCUGCGUCCUUCUACUUUACAAAAGCAGACAAAUCACUGAACUAGUUAUUGGUAUAAACUGUACUAAAUGCGUGUUCCAGUUGGACAGUCACCAGUACGUUAACCCAACUUCAGCUUUUUUAGUGUAACUCGAUCUGUCAAAGUAUCAGGAAUGAAUAGCCGGAUCGAGCUGGGGGAUGUUACGCCUCACAACAUUAAGCAGUUGAAACGCCUGAACCAAGUCAUCUUCCCCGUCAGCUACAACGACAAAUUUUAUAAAGAUGUGCUGGAAGUUGGAGAGCUCGCAAAGCUAGCAUACUUCAAUGACAUUGCAGUGGGGGCUGUGUGCUGCAGAGUGGAUCACUCUCAGAACCAGAAGAGGCUGUAUAUCAUGACCCUUGGGUGUUUAGCACCCUAUCGUAGACUUGGAAUUGGCACAAAGAUGCUCAAUCAUGUGCUAAACAUCUGCGAGAAGGAUGGCACUUUUGACAACAUUUACCUUCAUGUGCAGAUCAGCAAUGAGUCAGCUAUCGACUUCUAUCAGAAAUUUGGCUUUGAGAUAAUCGAAACAAAAAAGAAUUACUACAAGAGGAUAGAACCUGCAGAUGCCCAUGUGUUGCAGAAGAGCCUGCGCAGUCCAUGUGCGCCACCCAGUGGGGAGCUUCAGAAAGUAGAGUAGGGGCGCACACAGCUUUUUUUGGGGGGACAAAGAAAGGCAUGUGUGCCCAUCAACGCAGAAACAGAACUGUGACAGAUGCCCCACGGUCAACACAUUCAACAGUUUCUUCAAAAGGAUGCUAGAAAGAGAAAACAGUUUUCCAGUAUAAAAAUUGCUGCAUUUAUUUUGCAAAGGUGAUUUUUUUUUUUUUUUUUUUUUUUUAUUGUUCCCCAUUAUUACAUGCGGUUAUUUGAAAAGUGACAGAAAACUCUGUUAUCCAUAAAUUGGUUUCCAACGAUGAAAUGCCAACACUGAACAUUAGUAGACACGGUGACGGGGGAUGGUGUUCUGUUUGCUAAAUCGUUCUGUUUGUGUUUGAGUUGUUUUUAUGCGGUUAUCAAACCUGAUGGGGAC